UCUCGGUGGAGAUGAAAACAGUCCAGAUCCGGCCACCUGAGGGUAGAGACACCAUGCUUUCUUUAGCUCUGUUUAACCUUCUCGCUGUAAUUUGCUCUGCAACAUGGACACAUGCUCUGCCGCUUUAUCAGGAACCCAAUGUGGAGCCACAAGCAGAUUUUAUUCAGAAGUUGGUGUCGGAGGUGGGUGAUGGUGCCAACACUGCUGAGGAGGAGCAGAGAGAGGUGAAUAACCUGUAUCCUUUAAUGAGGCAUCAGAACGGAGGAAGAGACUCCUGGAACAAAGGGGCAAAGGAUUCACCACCACAAGAAAAUUUAGCAAAUAUGGUUGAAGACCUUAAGGAAGUUGUCCUGAAGCUGGCUGCCGCCGACAAGCUGCGCUCUCAGGGCUUUAUCAGAUCAGAGCAGAGUCUCCCAAAAACAAACAAAAGAGCGUGUUUCUGGAAAUACUGUGUGACCAACUAGAGCCCAGCAGACAGAUGUUCGGGACUCGUCAGAGGAAAAUCCACCUUCCAUCUUAUUCUUUUCUUUCCCAUAUAAAAACACACAUGUACUGUCUGUAACAGAUACAAAAAAGAAGAUUAUAUAUUUUUUAAACCUGUAAUUUUUUUGUUCUGUUUAUGUUUUUGACUGAAAUAAACUAGGAUAUCUUAAACGGCCUC